GUUAGCCCAGUUUUUCUGGCAGACUACAUGUCGUUCGGUAGUAUUAUAGCGACUAGCAAGAGAUGGGCUUUCUCUGUGCCUCGCCUGCUUCUCCACUUCUUCUCUCCAAACACCGCAUCAAAACACCAGAUUAUUCGAAACUCGGCGCCCUAAUUUCCUGGGAUUUUGGCCAACCCGAUGCUGGUAAAUGUAAAUCUAUAGCAGCGACUGGUGUACAGUGUUCUUGCGCUUCAAUGUCUCCGACUCCGAGCGAGGCAUCGAAGGGCGUGUGGGUUUGGAGUGAGAAUCGGCAGGUUUUGACGGCUGCGGUCGAGAGGGGAUGGACCACGUUCCUCUUCUCGCCUCACAAUCGGGAACUCGCUCAUCAAUGGUCCUCAAUUGCAGAAAUAUGUUCUCUUUUUAUUAAAGAGGAUGGAAUUUUUGACGAAGAAGGUAGCUUAAUUGCCACAGUUUUUGAGGUUUCUAACCCCCAGCAGUUGGAGCAGCUUCAACCAGAAAAUGCAUCCACAGACAAUGUUGUUGUUGACUUACAAGAUUGGCAGAUUAUACCUGCGGAGAAUAUUGUUGCAGCGUUUCAGGGGAGUCGGAAAAAAGUGUUUGCCGUCUCAAAAACUCCUAUUGAAGCUCAAAUCUUCCUUGAGGCACUUGAACAUGGUCUGGGCGGAGUUAUUUUGAAAGUUGAAGAUCCUGAAGCUGUUUUUCAGCUAAAGGACUAUUUUGACAGACGAAAUGAAGCUAGUAAUCUUUUGAGCUUGACUAAGGCCACCGUAACUCAAAUUCAUGUUGCCGGAAUGGGGGAUCGAGUUUGCGUUGAUCUCUGUAGCCUCAUGCGACCUGGUGAAGGACUUCUUGUCGGUUCCUAUGCCAGAGGACUAUUCCUUGUUCACUCGGAAUGCUUAGAGUCAAAUUACAUCGCUAGCCGGCCUUUUCGCGUCAAUGCUCUUUUUCAUUAUCUUGUGAAUGUUCAGGGACCUGUCCAUGCCUAUGUAGCUGUCCCGGGUGGGAAAACUAGCUAUCUUUCCGAGUUACGAGCAGGCAAAGAGGUAAUCGUAGUCGAUCAAGAAGGCAGGCAACGAACUGCUAUUGUUGGACGUGUGAAGAUAGAGACUAGGCAGCUGAUCCUUGUUCAGGCAAAGAGAGAUUCAGAUGAUCAAACUCCUUACGGCAUCCUUCUGCAGAAUGCGGAAACGGUCGCCUUAGUCUGCCCCGGUCGAGGAAAUGAGAAGAAAGCCAUCCCUGUUACCUCACUUAAAGUUGGAGAUGAUGUGUUUUUGAGAUUGCAAGGAGAAGCAAGGCACACAGGAAUUGAGAUCCAAGAGUUCAUUGUGGAGAAAUGAUGGUGGGUAUAUUUAGUACGUGAGUUUGUUUAUUUCAUGUAUGAGUUUUAUAGGAUACAUAAAAGAUAUUAUUAUAAUAUGCAACAUUUAAUUUGUCUGAAAAUAAAAAAGAUUCACAAAGUAGCAUAUGCUAUUUACAAAUU